CUGCGGGAGCACAGAGAGGUCAUAGGAACCCGGCACAGGCGGAGUUGGCCUCCACCCCUGGUUCGCACUUGUGAGAAAGGAAGGGAGGGAAGAAAGGGACGACCUACUUGCUGAAUCGCCUGCAAACGCGGAAACGAGAUCAGACUGCGCUUCGCCACGAUGUCCGGAGCAUCAGCCAGGAGCCUGGAGAAAGGGAGUGCGCCCCCAGGACCGGUCCCGGAGGGCCUGAUCCGCCUCUAUAGCAUGAGGUUCUGCCCCUACGCCCAGAGGACGCGCCUUGUCCUGAAGGCCAAGGGAAUCCGGCAUGAAAUCAUCAACAUUAACCUGAAAAAUAAGCCUGAGUGGUUCUUUAAGAAGAAUCCCUUUGGUCUGGUGCCAGUUCUGGAAAACAGUAAGGGUCAACUGGUCUGUGACUCUGCCAUCAUUUGUGAGUACCUGGAUGAAGCAUAUCCAGGGAAGAAGCUGUUGCCAGAAGACCCUUAUGAGAAAGCAUGCCAAAAGAUGUCCUUUGAGUUAUUUUCAAAGGUACCAUCUUUGGAAGGAAGCUAUAUUAGAAAUAAAAAUAAGGAAGACUGCUCUGGCAUAAAAGAAGAACUUCGCAAAGAAUUCAGCAAGCUUGAGGAGGUUCUGACCAAUAAGAAAACAACCUUCUUUGGUGGCAAUUCACUUUCCAUGAUUGAUUACCUCAUCUGGCCCUGGUUUGAAUGUCUGGAAGCACUGGAGUUAAGCGAGUGUGUAGACCACACUCCAAAACUUAAGCUCUGGAUGGCAGCCAUGAGGGAAGAUCCCACAGUAUCAGCCCUCCUCACUGAUGUGAAGACCUUUCGAGGUUGCUUAGAUCUCUACUUGCAGAAUAGCGUAGAGGCCUGUGACUACGGGCUCUGAUGGGAGCAAGAGUCAGCAAUGAAGAUAUUUUCCUUCACUAAAAUAAAUAAUAAUCUGCUUUCAUUUUA